UGUCACUAGUUGGAUUUCUAUUGCAGUAGAUUUGUGAAUUAUUAAUUGAUAAUUGUGCAGAAACCGAACAACAUGAACCCCGCUGCCGAUCCCAAACCCAUGGAAGAUGUCCAUGGCGACGGACGGUGGAUGAGCCAGCAUGAGCAUUUUCUGAGCGAAGUUCGAGAAAAGGAACCGGAGGUGAUUUUGAUUGGCGACUCUCUUCUUCUUCACCUCAGUCACAGAAUGAUCUGGGGUAAGAUGUUUGAACCUCUCCACUGCUUGAAUCUCAGUAUCGGGGGCGACCAGACUCAACAUGUUCUGUGGCGAGUUCUCAAUGGAGAGCUCGAAAACAUUCAGCCCAAGGUUAUUGUGUUGCAAGUCGGGACCAACAACUAUGAGCAUUCAGCCGAGCAGAUUUCCAUGGCGAUUAAGAAAAUAGCUGAUGUCAUCAUUGAAAAACAACCACAGACACAGCUUAUUGUCAUGGGCAUACCACCAAGAGGCCAGAAUCCCAACAAGCUACGUGAAAAGAUAAAAGAAACCAACAACCGCCUGCGUGAAUUGUUUACCGACCUGCCUAACGUGACGUACGUCCACGUGGACCCAGCGAUAUUCAUUAGUGCUAAAGAUGAGACAAUCUCCGUGCGUGACAUGUACGACUUUCUCCAUUUCACCGACCACGGCUACGAGAAAUUGUGCGAACCUCUACUGGAUGAGAUUCAAAAUCUCUUUCUGUCCUUCGUCAAAGUAGAGUGAUUUUUUUUCACCUUCUGCUUUUUUUCCCUCUUUUAAAAAAAAGAAGAAGCAUUUUGUUGCAAUAAAGUCAGUUUAUAUGUGACUUUACGAGAACUUGUGCAAACCACUACGUGACGAGAUUGAAAAUCUUUCUUUCCUUUGUUAAAGUAGAGUGAUUUUUUUCAAAACCUGUCUUCUUCUUUUUUUUCAAUUUCUGCAGACAGUUGUUUUUAUUCCUGAUGCAUUCUGUUAUUAUAAAGUCAUCUUAUACAUGUCUGUGACUUUACGAGAAAUUGUACUAUCAACUAUUUGAUGAGGUUGAACAUUUCUUUCUUUCCUUUGUUAAAGCACAGUAAUGCCUCCCCCACCAUCUUUUUUACUUAUGCUUUUUUUUUAAUGCAAUCUGUUGUAAUAAAGUCAGUUUAUAUAAAUAAAAUAAAAAGUGUUUUUCACCUACUGUUUUUUUUUCCUGACUCAUUCUCUUAAAUGUCAGCUUAAGCAUGUAUGAGACUUUACGAGAAAUUGUGUAAACAACUAUUUGAUUGAAUUGAAAAUCUCAUGUCAUGUCGUUUAUUAAAUUAGAGAUAUUUUUUUUCUCCUUUAUUUUCCUCGUCUGUUUUUUUUACGCAUUCUGUUGAAAUAAAGUCAGUUUAUACACGUGACUUUAUGAGAAAUUGUGCGAACCGCUAGAUGAAUUUGAAAAUCUGUUUCUGUUUUUCGUUAAAAGUAAAAAAAAAAAAAUUUCCAACUCUUGUUUUUCUUCUGCUUUUUGUUUUGGUGUGUGGGGGUGUGUGUAUUCUAUUGUAGUCAGUAUAAAUUUGACUUUAUGAGAAAUUGCAUGAACCAUUAUAGUGUACUUGAUCAGAUUGAAAAUCUGUUUUUGUUCUUCAAAGUAGAUUUUUUUUACUACAUCUUAUUUUCUACCUUUUUUUUUGAUGCACUCUGUUGUAAUAAAUUAAGUUUUUAUGUGACUUUACGAUAAAUUGUGCGAACCACUAUUUUAUCAGAUUAAAAAUCUGUUUGUUUUCUUCGUCACAGUAAAGUGUUUUUUUUCGUUGUACCUUUUUUUUAAUGAUGCAUUGUUGUAAUAAGGUCUGAUUUUGUGUGACGUUUUCAAUGAAAUUUGGUGUAAUACAUUUAAAAAAGCUGAAUAUUGGAACAAUUGUUAGUAUGGUUAUUUUGUGAAAUGAAUAUUCAUAAGAACAGUGCUUUUUUAUUGGUGGAAUAACAUAGACAUCAGAAGGUGAUAUAUAUAU